CUUGAAUGCGUCACGCCUCUCAGCUUCAGCUGCCCGUCCCGUCGGGUAGGAAGAUCGCCGGGAGAAAGCCGGAUGAGAAGCCGGCAGAUCUGCAGACGGCUGAGUUCCUCAUGUCAGCGGCCCACGGCUAUGCAUUGCGGGCGCCUGUGCUUGCCCGGCUGCUGAUGUAAGUCAGUGAGGAGAAAGAGAUCUCGAUGAAUCCCUCACUGUCUGUGUCCUUGGGUACACACGACUUGCAGGCGCAAGUUGGAUUCGGUGUGCACAGAGGCACAAUUUGGUAAGGCAGCGAGGCAGCGUGACGGCAGAACACACAUCAAUCGUGUGGGUGUGGUUCAUGCAGAUCUGCGUGGCGGGUCGAUGCCGCCAUUCUGUGGGGCGUGCGGCAGCCUCUUCGUCCCUCAGUCGACGGCAGCAUGUGCCACAGAGCCGCACAGCAAGACAAGGAGCAGACAGCCAGCCAACCAACUGGGCGAGUCAUCGGCUGCUCCCACAGUCAUCUCGGCUCGGAAACGGCCACCAGGAGGCUCCAGGACUCAGGUCAGUCAGUCUCAGCAGCUCAGAUCUGAUCAUACCGAUGUGCAUUCGGUUGCCUUUGCAGGUGUGUCACAUGGCUUGGCGCUGCCACAUGUGCUCGGCUGUCACACGCACCUCUCACACCAAGACACCCGCCAGGACCAGCAGCACCAGUGCGCCAACCACCACCAGGCCACCACCGACACGCGCCAAAACCACCGACCUUUUAUCAAUAUCGUCCCUCAAAGGUCGACGAUGGCGACAGAUGGCCAAGCCACGUCAGCAGCAGCAGCAGCCGCAGCAGCAGCCCGUCACGCCUAGAGCAGUGUUGCAGAGUGAGAGAGCAGCCGACAGGCGGCGAGAGAAGAAGCGGCGGUACAGGGGCAAUCGGGCGAGGCGUCGGGCAGCCAGACGGGAGGCCAGGCGAGCGGCGUCUGCAUCAAGGACUGACCGGAGAGCCGACAGGGAGCUGCGGAAGGCCAUGAGGGAGGAUGAGGCGCUGAAGGGAUCAACACUCUACGCCCUGCCUGACACAGAAGUGCCCCAGAAGCGGCCCCGCCCUCCCUCGCCCUCACCACCUCCGGCAAAGCGGCGGCACACGCCUUUUGUUCCCUCUCCGCCCCCUGUCGCUGCUUCUGCUGCUGCUGCUGCCCCGCCCAUGGCAAUCCCUCGUGCAGCAGUGGCACAUCCACCUGAGGAACCAACACAGCCGUUAUUUCCGCACGUUGCUGGCCCAGCGGGCCCGGUCCCUGCAGCCGAGCCGACUGCCGCAGCGCCAGCAGCUGCUGCGAGUGGGGAUGUGAUGAUGUCUGAGGCGCAGGACGAAGCAGAUGUGACGGGUGGCGAAGGGGGUGGUGGUGAUGGCGAGAUGGCGGCUGAGAAGCAAGAUGAGGGAAGAGCUGGUGGUGAGGCGAAAGGCAUCAGUUUGUAUGAGCUUCUGCAUGGCAUGGGGAUUGAGCUGUGACUGACUUGAUAGAUAUCGAUGGACAGACACGUUUGGUGCCGGAUGGAUGGAUG